AUGUCUACCUUUUUAUCCUUUGAAGAUGAAAAAAAUAAAAUUUUAGAAAAACUAAACAAAAUCCCCGACUUAUUACAAAUAAAUCAUGACCUACAAAUAGAAGUAAAUGAAUUAACAAGGCGAUCUGCAGAAUAUUACCAAUCUGCUAUUACUAAUUAUAACAUCUGCUGUGAUCAAGAGAAAACCAUUAGAAUUUUACAACAAAAAAUUCAGGAAUUAACAAACCAAUACAAUACAGAAAACACUAAAAAUGAAGAAGAAUUAAAGAAGAUUAAAGAAGAACUAAAGAAGAUUAAAGAAGAAAAAGAUUAUUUAACGGAAAAAUGUAAAAAAACAGAUGAGAAUAUUUGUUAUUUCUCAAAAAUGAAUUCAAGCUUAUAUAACAAAUUAGAAAGUAAAGAUCUUGAAAUUAAAAAUAAAGGACAAGAGUUAAGUGAUAAAACAAAAGAAUAUGAAGAACAGACUAACAAAUUUAAAAUUCAACAAAAAGAAUUUGAAGAGCAGAUUAAUAAAAUUAAAGCCGAACAAGAAGAAGAAGAUAAAAAAAAGAUUGUACAACUUAAUACGGUGAAAGAAGAAUAUGAAAAAAGAGUUAAUGAAUUAAACGCUCAAAAUGAAGAAAUAAAAUUACAAUUUGAAAAAUAUAAAAAUGAUAUUCAACAACAAACAAUAAAUUUAAAUAGUCGUAUAAAUGAAUUACAAAUGCAAAAAGAAGAAAAUAAUAAUAAUCUUCAAAUACUGAGAGAAAUACAAAAGAAAGAAGAAGAAGAAGAAAAUAUUAAAAAUAAAAAAGAAGAAGAGGCUAGAGAAAUAAUAAAAAAUAUGAGAAUUAACUCAACUGUUAUAAGAAAUACAUCUUCUUCACCUCUUAUUUUCUAUCAAAAAAGACAAAAUACAAAUAAUACUUUUGAAGUAAUGAUUUAUUGUAAUGAUGAAAGAUGUUCAUUUAUUGGUAUUCAUAAUCCACAAGUUAAUAGUAAUAAUAGAUAUAUUGAUUUACAAGUAAUUCAAAAUCAUUUUGCUAUUUUCAACUUAUUACCAGGAACUUAUCAUGUUUGCUCUUAUUCAAAAGAAUCAUUGGAGAAUAUUGGUUUUGUUGAAAUGAUAGUUCAACCACAAAUGUAA